AUGGAAACCGCAAAAAUGGCGUCCGCAUGUUCAUCUCCAGACAUUAGUCUAAUGACCAAUGCUACCAGGACUAGCAGCUACAUGGUCAGAGUUGAUGACUCUGAUGAUCUCAAGAGUCUUUGCACAAAAUACGUCCCGUUCUGGAACACUUUGGACAAUGACGAUAUCAAGGUUAAUAGAAUUACCAUCGCACUGACAAAUAGGGUCUACAAGGUCCAAAUAACUCACCCAGAAGAUGGUACUCUAAGAGUACAAAAGGUGUUACUCAGAAUUAUAUCGGCUGAUAAGACAAUCUUGUUUGAUCUGGACCACCAAAACGAAGUGCUUGAACUGCUGAGCUCCUAUGAGUUCGCACCCAAACUCGUUGCAGUAUUUCCAGGUGGACGCAUAGAGCAGUGGCUAGAUGGAUUUGUUCUCGAUACAGAUUCUCUGCAAAAUCUAUCUAUAGUGACAUCCAUUGCGUCCCUCUUGGGGAAAUUUCACAGAAUUGUUAGCAUGGUCGCCAAGCCGUCUUGGAGCAGAAGACCAAGCAUUGAAAGGACAAUUGAAAAAUGGAUUCCACAUGCAAGGACAAUCGUAAAGGAUAAUGGAUUAAAUAUCGAGGUGGAGGAAAUGUGCAGAGCAUUUGAUAUCUACAAGAAGGUGAUUGCUAAGCACGCCGAGACGUCGCAGUCCUUCUCCAACAAGGUCAUGUUUUGCCAUAAUGAUCUGCAUAUUAAAAACAUUAUAGCAACCUAUCACGGAUUACGCCUCAUUGAUUUUGAGUAUUCCGGCUUCAAUUACGUUGGAUACGACAUUGCCAACUUUUUUGCAGAAAUUACCUUUUGCUACGAUGUCGACAUUCCACCAUACUUUAGAGUUGACGAAUCGCUUGAGCUUUCCAGGGAUCUCAAGGUCCUUUUCGCCAGUGUAUACCUUUCUGAAGUUACCAGCUCAAACGUUAUGCCAUCUGAUUCUGAGCUUGUUGAAGAGUUUUUGAGAUCAAUCGAAAUUCAUUCUCUUGGACCAAUGCUGUUUUGGUCCUUUUGGGGAAUACUAAUGGUAACUCAACCAGAGGCUAACGUUUGCUUUGACUAUCUUGCAUACAGCAAGAUCAAGUUUGAUGUUUUCAAGAGGAUACUGAAGAGGGUCACUGUGGAAUACACUCUGGACUAG